CCUGCCGAUUUUGCUUCUCACCUUCACGGUCAGCAAAACGCGUUCAACUUCCAUGGCAGAUGCACGACAGAGAGCGAUUAUCAAGGUCUUUCGCAAAUACAGCAAUUCUCUUGGACCAGACGCCUUGGACCUUCUAGAGGAGAUAUUGGACGAGAAUGAGAUAGACGAGGAAGAAAUCGAGUCUUCUAUUGAUACGAUAGCGAAGGAAUAUAAUAAACAGGAUGAUGCGGCAAUGAAAGUGUCUGUCGAGGUCCUGCGUCGGGUCUACGAAUCUUUCCAGGAUCAAGACCAAGGAUCGGAAGUGGAAGUCGAUACCAUUGAUCCAGAAAGCCACCUUUUUAUCAUUGAUGCAUUUGAGAUGCCUCUGUGGCACUGGUCCAUAGAGAGAGGGACCUUUGAGCGGGUAAAUACACCUCUGACUGUGUCGGCAUCGCCUGAGUCACGCGUUUCGGCUGUACGAGACCGCCUGCAUGUUAUCAAGCAAUGUGUCCUUCGCAACGAGCAUUUUGCGCCGUCAACAUUGCCUUCGGGAGAUCGCGACCGGUUGGUUACGCUCAAAUCAACAAAACAAUUGCUUGGACGGGCAGGGGAACGGUUUUUGAUACUGGGAAUGCUAACACAUUCCAAGGAAGGGACGCUGUGUAUAGAAGAUGCAGACGGUUCGGUUGAGCUGGACUUUUCGAGGCUGGAUGAGCCUGGCGAGGGCCUGUUCACUGAAGGAUGCUUUGCUCUUGUUGAAGGCGAAUACACGGAGGACGCGACUUUGGAGAUCAUCGCCAUAGGUCAACCCCCUUGCGAACCUCGCGAAACGGCUAGAUCAAUAUAUGGGCAUAUCGACUUUAUGGGAAAAGGUGCUACAUCCCUUCUUGAAGACGGCCAAUUUGCCAUUCGUAUCAGGGAUGAGUUGUCCGAUCUCCAUUUUUUCUUUUUGUCAGAUGUGUGGUUGGAUCACCCACAAACCCUUCCUGGCCUACAAAAGAUGUUCGACAACUGUAUAGAGAACAGCUUCAUCCCAAAAGUUAUUGUUCUUUGUGGUAAUUUUAGCAGCCGGUCUAUAUCCCAUGGCAAUAGCCGCGACAUACAGCGAUAUCAAGACAAUUUUGAUGCAUUGGCUGAUCUGAUUGCUUCUUAUCCUUCAUUAACGAGGACGACACACUUUGUAUUUGUUCCGGGUCCUCGCGAUAUAACUGGGAAUUCCGUGUUACCCAGAAGAGCCUUGGUUUCCUCCUUUGUUUCACGACUGAAAUCCAAGAUUCCAAGGGCGCAUUUUGCCACCAACCCUUGUAGAAUCAAGUUUUUCAACCAGGAGAUUGUAAUCUUCAGAGAAGACUGCAUGUCGAAGAUGUUGAGAAAUGUCGUUGGCGUUAAACCUGACGCGCGUAGUGACGAUCUAAAACGAUUCCUCGUUCAAUCUAUCCUGGACCAAGGGCACCUUAGCCCACUCAUUAACAAUGUACAGCCAACGCUAUCCGACUUUGAUCACUCUUUACGACUGUAUCCUCUCCCAACCGCGCUCAUUCUUGCGGACAAGUACGACAGGUACAAGGUAACAUACACCGGAUGUCAUGUUUUCAACCCAGGCAGCUUUGUCGGCAGCUCAUUCGUGUUUUCGACAUAUAAACCAGCCGAAAUGAACUCCGAAGAGUGUGUUCUGGAUCUGGAACAAGAAGAGGGAAUGAACUAGCUUGGUCUAUAAUACUCAUUGCCACUACAGUUUUUGUAGAGUGUGCCUAUCAAUUUAAAUACUGUAAUUGAAAAGCUGUCGGC